AUGCUAAGAGCACAACGCCGGCUGCACAACCUCAUUCCGCACUUUAUAACGCCGAGGAUAGACCACCAUCAGCGACACAACACCGCGCUCCACUGGCGCCAGAUGAGCAUGAGAGCCGUUCAGGUCAAGGGAGGAGCCUCCAACCUCGCCUCUGAUCUCUACGUGGCCGACAACAUUGACAGGCCGAAGCUCAAGCCACACGAAGUACUCGUCAAGGUCAGAGCAUUUGGGUUGAACAGGAUGGACAUCUUGCAGCGCAUGGGCAAAUAUCCACUUCCGCCGGGCGCCUCUACCAUCCUCGGCGUCGAAUUCUCUGGAACCGUCGAGGAUGCAGCCUCGUCAGAUCUCAAAACAGGAUCCCAGGUUUUCGGGCUGGCAUUCGGUGGCGCCUAUGCAGAGUACAUUGCGGUUGACGCGGGUAUGGUCGUCACCAAGCCAGAGCAUCUGUCUCAUGCGCAAGCGGCUGCUAUUCCCGAAAACUGGCUCACGGCCUAUCAAUGCCUCUUCCUCGUCGGUCAGAUGAAGGAAGGCGACAACGUUCUCAUUCAUGCGGGCGCAAGCGGUGUCGGCACCUCGGCGAACCAGCUGGCACGCGUCUUUGGUGCGAAACACAUCAUCACGACCGCUGGAUCGAAGGCGAAGUGUAAGUUCCUCAAAGAAAAGCUAGGGGUGACAGAUGCGAUCAAUUACAAGACGCAAGACUUUGCCGAGGAGGUCAAGAAGCUCACAGACGGCAAAGGCGUCGAUGUCGUGCUCGAUUUCGUCGGUCCUGACUAUUGGGAGAAGAACAUUGCCAGUCUGGCAAGAGACGGCCGGAUGGUCCUCAUUGGCCUGCUAUCGGGCAUGAAGACAAGAGAAGGUAUCGAUAUGGCCCAGAUCCUCUUCAAGCGCUUGAGGAUAGAAGGCACAACGUUGAGAUCUCGGACGCCAGAGUAUCAGGCCGAUCUGCUGCAUCAGUUCAAAGAGAAGGCCAUGCCCAAACUGCUGGGCGAGGGACUCGACCUGAUCAUACACAAAACAUAUGAUUGGUCGCAGAUCGUUGAGGCCACGCAGGAGAUGGAGCAAGCGAAGAACACGGGCAAGAUUGUCAUGACGAUCGGCUAG